CCGGGUUCCGCCCCUAGCUUCAUUCCAGCCGUCGCUGUAGCUGCUCCAACACCCCAACAAUCAAUCGCCUACUGCUGUUUCCAGGAUGGUGAUCCGUGUGUACAUUGCAUCCUCCUCCGGCUCUACGGCGAUUAAGAAGAAACAACAGGAUGUGCUUGGCUUCUUAGAAGCGAACAAAAUUGGAUUUGAAGAGAAAGAUAUUGCAGCCAAUGAAGAGAACAGGAAGUGGAUGAGAGAAAAUGUACCUGAAAACAGUCGACCAGCUACAGGGCAUCCCCUGCCACCUCAGAUUUUCAAUGAAAGCCAGUACCGUGGGGAUUAUGAUGCCUUCUUUGAAGCCCGAGAAAAUAAUGCAGUGUAUGCCUUUUUAGGAUUGACAGCUCCACCUGGUUCAAAGGAGGCAGAAGCCCAGGCGAAGCAGCAAGCAUGAAUCUUCAGCAUUCUGCCGUCAGCAUCUUGAAAAAUGAGUCUCCUUUGCUUUUUAUAAAAUAGCAAAAGUAUCUUGGCUUCAGAAGAAACAGGCUUAAUGUUGUUAGUUGGUUUCUCGCAUGCAAACAAUCAAAAUGAAUACAUAAUUAAAAUGUGAAUGCUCUGGUGAGAUGAUUGGAUGAUGAACAUAACAUCUUAAAUAGAUAUCAUAGAAUAAAAUAGAAUAGGAGUGGUAUUAUUACCUGCCAAGGCAUUUUAUGUACUUCAGUGAUUUACGAAGAAAACACCUUUUUUGGUAUCUUAUUGCAGCUAAAAUACUUCUACAGCUAGACAUUGCUGAAUUUAAAGGAGAAAGGCUCUGCUUCCCAAAUUAUCCUGUUAACUUUAGUGAACAAAACAUGUAUGUUUUAAAUUUGAUAUUACUGUGAAUAAAGUGUACUUGCAAAUAAUAUGUAUGGUAGAUUAAACAUUGUGAUUUCUUACAGUCA